GGUAGCGCCGCCGCCGCUGUCGCCGCCGUCGUCGUCGCGAGUGCCGAGUCGGAAUUGGAGCUGCCACCGCGGCGACGCUGGGGAUUGUGUCGCUAGCCCCUGGCCCUUCUGCCUCGCUGCCUUCCCUCGGUCAGCGCGGCCUUCUCCUUCCCGGCCCGUCGCCCCCGCCUCCAUUUCCCGCCCUCUAUUCACCACACACGGCCCCCCCGAUCAUGGAUCCGGGCAGUGGUGGCGGCGGCGGCGGCGGUGGCGGCGGCGGCGGCGGCAGCGGCAGCAGCGGCAGCAGCAGCAGCGACUCGGCACCCGACUGCUGGGACCAGGCGGACGUGGAAGCCCCCGGGUCGGGCCCGUGUGUCGGCAGCGCCUCCUUGGCGGCGGCAGCUGAGGCCCAGCGUGAACAGCUCAGCGCGGCCUUCAGCCGGCAACUCAACGUCAACGCCAAACCCUUCGUGCCCAACGUCCACGCCGCCGAGUUCGUGCCGUCUUUCCUGCGGGGCCCGGCUCAGCCACCGCCACCCCCAUCGGGCGCCGCCGCCAAUAACCACGGAGCCGGCAGCGGCGCAGGAGGCCCUUCGGCACCUGUGGAACCUUCUCAGGAGGAACAGCCAUUGUUAUGUGAAGGUUCAAAUUCAGCUGUUAGCAUGGAACUUUCAGAACCUGUUGUAGAAAAUGGAGAAACAGAAAUGUCUCCAGAAGAAUCAUGGGAGCACAAAGAAGAAAUAAGCGAAGCAGAGCCAGGGGGCGGUUCCUUGGGAGAUGGAAGGCCCCCAGAGGAGAAUGCCCAAGAAAUGAUGGAGGAGGAAGAGGAAAUACCAAAACCGAAAUCUGUGGUUGCACCGCCAGGUGCUCCUAAAAAAGAACAUGUAAAUGUAGUAUUCAUUGGGCAUGUAGAUGCUGGCAAGUCAACCAUUGGAGGACAAAUAAUGUAUUUGACUGGAAUGGUUGACAAAAGAACACUUGAGAAAUAUGAAAGAGAAGCUAAAGAAAAAAACAGAGAAACUUGGUACUUGUCUUGGGCCUUAGACACAAAUCAGGAAGAACGAGACAAGGGUAAAACAGUAGAAGUGGGUCGUGCCUAUUUUGAAACAGAAAAGAAGCAUUUCACAAUUCUAGAUGCCCCUGGCCACAAGAGUUUUGUCCCAAAUAUGAUUGGUGGUGCUUCUCAAGCUGAUUUGGCUGUACUGGUAAUCUCUGCCAGGAAAGGAGAGUUUGAAACUGGAUUUGAAAAAGGAGGACAGACAAGAGAACAUGCAAUGUUGGCAAAGACAGCAGGUGUAAAGCACUUAAUUGUACUUAUUAAUAAAAUGGAUGAUCCAACAGUAAAUUGGAGCAAUGAGAGAUAUGAAGAAUGUAAAGAGAAACUAGUGCCAUUUUUGAAGAAAGUUGGCUUCAAUCCCAAAAAGGACAUUCACUUUAUGCCUUGCUCAGGACUGACUGGAGCAAAUCUUAAAGAGCAAUCAGAUUUCUGUCCUUGGUAUAGUGGAUUACCGUUUAUUCCAUAUCUGGAUAACUUGCCAAACUUCAAUAGAUCAGUUGAUGGACCAAUCAGACUGCCAAUUGUGGAUAAGUACAAGGAUAUGGGUACUGUGGUCCUGGGAAAGCUGGAAUCAGGAUCUAUUUGUAAAGGCCAGCAGCUUGUGAUGAUGCCAAACAAGCACAACGUGGAAGUUCUUGGAAUCCUUUCUGAUGAUGUAGAAACUGAUUCUGUAGCCCCAGGUGAAAACCUCAAAAUCAGACUGAAAGGAAUUGAAGAAGAGGAGAUUCUUCCAGGAUUCAUACUUUGUGAUCCUAAUAAUCUCUGUCAUUCAGGACGCACAUUUGAUGCCCAGAUAGUGAUUAUUGAGCACAAAUCCAUCAUCUGCCCAGGUUAUAAUGCGGUGCUGCAUAUUCAUACCUGUAUUGAGGAAGUCGAAAUAACAGCCUUAAUCUGCUUGGUAGACAAAAAAUCCGGAGAAAAAAGUAAGACUCGACCCCGUUUUGUGAAACAAGACCAAGUAUGCAUCGCUCGUUUAAGGACAGCAGGAACCAUCUGCCUUGAGACCUUCAAAGACUUCCCCCAGAUGGGUCGUUUUACUUUAAGAGAUGAGGGUAAGACCAUUGCAAUUGGAAAAGUUCUGAAACUGGUUCCAGAGAAAGACUAAGCAUUUUCUUGAUGACCCUGCACAAUACUGUGAGGAUAAUUGACUGCAAAAGCCUACUUCACACCGCCUUCUCUUAAUUUCUGCCCAUUGACAAAUCUCUCCCCCUGUUUUGCAAAAAGUUCAUAGCAAAGUCCACAUUAUGUCAGCUUUCUCAUAUUGAGAGCUCUGCUAUGCCACUGUUGAAUUUUUUUCCCCAAGAUUUUUUUUCUUCCCCUCUCAAACUCUGCUUCCUUGGACAGAUUUGGCAAUAGCUUUGUAAGUGAUGUGGACAUAAUUGCCUACAAUAAUGAAAAUCUACAGAAAUUUUUUUAUUUUUCAUUAUCCCCUUAGGCAUAUUUAGGCUUUCUUCCCCAGGCAGAUCAUUCUGAGUGUGCGAGUGUGUGUGCACAUGUUACAAAGACAACUACCAUGUUAAUAAAAUAUUCAAUUUGAAA